ACUCCGCCAUUUUGCAUUUUCGUUAAACGAAAGCCUGUGAAAAACUGACUGCCUGGUGUUGUCUGUUUUGUGUACGUCCCGAAUGUUGGUGUGUGUAACCGCGUUACGGGCGAAAAUCACCCAAUAUUGUGUGAUUGUCCGACGUGCUUCACAAAAAUAGAUUCCAUAGUUGCUGAAUUUUUAUGGAAUUGAAUCGCGCCUUGAAAUUCGACGGAGGAGGUAGAGAGAGUGGCGCCAUUGACAAAUGUCGAAGUUGAAAUGGAGGCGUCGUCCAUCAUCACCCAGGUUACCCGUGAAGAGGAUCAGAUAACCAGCUUUGCCCAAGAAAAAGUUAUUGUAAAAACAGUCAGUGGUUCUAGCAGCACCACUGGUAGCGUUAAAAAAUCGGCUAGAGGUUUCCUGAGGUCCUUGUUCUGUUGCUUGGGGAGGCGAGGCAGCUCUGAUCAAAGCAACAAAUCAUCUAAUAAUGGUGGCAACUUAGUUAUUAAUGGAGGAGGAGCAGGUAACGGAGGUGGUUUUGACACUGACAGUGGAGAAGAAAAUGGACGUUGCUCACCUUUGUUACAGCAAGCUUCAGCAAAGUAUCUUUUGCCUGUGCCUCACUAUCAGGAUAGUCAAAGAAAGUGCAUGGUGAUAGAUCUGGACGAAACGUUGGUCCACAGCUCCUUCAAGCCCAUAAGCAAUGCGGAUUUUAUCGUUCCCGUGGAGAUUGAUGGUACAGUCCACCAAGUGUAUGUGCUCAAACGGCCACACGUAGAUGAAUUCCUGCGCAAAAUGGGCGAGCUCUAUGAAUGCGUGUUGUUUACGGCCAGCUUGGCUAAAUAUGCUGAUCCUGUAGCUGACCUAUUGGAUCAGUGGGGCGUCUUCCGAUCGCGCCUCUUCCGGGAAUCAUGCGUCUUCCAUCGAGGGAACUACGUAAAAGAUUUGAGCCGACUUGGAAGGGAACUCCAAAAAGUUGUUAUCAUAGACAAUUCGCCUGCUUCUUAUAUCUUCCAUCCUGACAAUGCCGUACCAGUCGCUUCAUGGUUUGAUGAUAUGUCUGACUCGGAACUAUUGGACUUGAUCCCCUUUUUUGAGCGACUCAGCCAGGUUGACAAUGUCUACACAGUUUUGCGUAAUUCGAAUCACGCUGCACUGACCAACCGUAGCGAUUCGCUCAAUCCCAACGUCGAUUUGAACUCGAUCCCAAUCAAUGUGCCCUAACCCAUCUCCUUCUCGUAAGACGGACGAUCCAUCCAAUAUUGUGAGUGAUUUUAAUCUCGUCGCGAGCCUUCGGUGUGGCCUUUUGUCUUGUUUUUUUUUUUCUCCCAAGCAGCUAAAUGACUUAAAAAGAAGAAGUAAAGUUUUUGUCGACUCGUGUUUCACACAAGUGCAUGUUAACGGACCACACCAAUUGGCCAAAAAUUUAAAUCAAGUUAUCCCCAUUACUUUUUUGUGAGACGGUUGUGCGUUAUUUGUGAGCGUAAUUUCCAUCGUCCACUGAGUGGUUGUUUCACGUACGAGAAAAGUGCCUGCCUCUUUCAUCAUUCAUUAUCUAUCCGCCCGUCAACCCGCGUUGGAAACGACAAGAUUUUGCUGCGACACACGUCUAGCUUUACAUAGACAAGGGGAUAGUAAACAACAAAAUUAAAAUAACCACCUGACCAUCGUUUCAAUGACCUUUGAUAUCUACUUUUUUUUCCUGAAAAAAAAAAUAAUAAUUUGAUUGGUUGUAUUUUGUAGAUAACUUUUGAAUCUACAGCUGCACUAUUCGCUGUAAAUAAGAAAAACUCCCACUUUAGAUUUUCGAUCUAUAUUGGAUUGGUUGCGUUGGAUAAUUCUUUUUGGGGUCAAGUGCCUUGUUUUUUUCAUCAUGUUUUUUUUUCUUAAAAAUAAUUAAAUUGUUCUUCCCGUGAGGAAAAAUUAUCCAUCGCUCCGAUCACUAACUCGUGUUCAGAAAUCCAUUCUUGUAACAUUGGAAAAUCGUGUUCCGUUUUCUUUUCUAGGUGUCCUUCCUCAUUGAUUUCUAAUUCCUUAACUCAGACCCGUUAUCAUUUUUUUCGCCUUUCUUGCUCACCUAUUCCCUACACACCUUGGACUUGGAUUAAAUCUGUAGAGACGUAAUCCAAAGUUCGAUGGAUGUUUAUUAAAAAGAAAACAAACGAGGUCUGUCUCGUGAGUUUGGUUUUCCCCGCGCCCUUUCACUCUUCACUUAUUUCAUCCGCCGGUGUUGAUUCCUUGAAAAGUUUAUUAUUUCUAUAAUUUCUCGCUAAUGUUUUAUAACCAUUUUUUACGCUUGUGGUUACAUCCACCAUUCACGCCAGCUAAACCUAAAACAUCAAUAUUACUUUAAAGUGUUAUGUCAUUCAUUUUUCUGUUCCCCCCCUCUCCGCCUUGACUUUUGUUACCGUUGGUUUGUUUGUUUCUUUGUGUCUUCUUCGCCGUUUCUGUUGAUUGGAGCAUCCGUAUCACUUUUUCCACGCCAAGGAUAAUGUCGUUUUAAACGAUCCUUUGUCCUUUGCCCCUCAUCUCAGCCGCAAGUGCCUCUUCCCGUUUGCGCAUUUAAUCCUUUAAAGGUGUGUGGGCCAGAAAUGGUCUUUCAAAAGCAUCACUCUUGAAAAAAUCGGCAAAAGAGAUUAAACCGCAUCAAAUAAAACAACAAACCGGUGUGCCAUAUACAAUCCCAAUAUAAGAUCUUAAACAAAAGAAGAAAAAAAAAACUGUCUGGCGGUGGAGAAUUUAAGAGCAGUGAAUUUUCACCUGCGCCUAUCAUCCAUAUUUUUAAAAAUUUACAACAAUGGACUCGCUGCCCCAUCCACCACCCUCUCUCUCAACACCCAAUCCAUGUAUUACGUUAUUAGAUUAGCACCCGCGAUUUCUCAUCAUCACCGGCUUCUUUUUUCUAUCUUUUUGUGCUCAAGACGACGCAAUACAUAUUGAUUGAGCCGAUUGAUGAUUGGUUAACAGAAAAGUUUUACCUUGACGUCGUCAGCAUAUCAGGCACUCGCAUUAGUUUGAAAAAGGAAGAAUGUAGUGGGCACCGGGUUUAGGUAGAGGUGAGGGGUGUGUUUUCUUUUUUUCCAAGGCUGAGAAAGAUCCUGGGCGACGAUCAUUAAUUAGAAAUCGUGAACCUGUCGAUAGAAAGUUGAACCUGGCCUUACUUCUUUCAUAUGUGCGCGCGAGUGUGUGUGUGUGUGUGAUGGAUACCUUAUUAUAAAUUAAUCAUCUGCUCUGUAGCCACGAAAUAUACAAAGAUAUACUCAUUA